GGGAAAAGAUUCCGUGAAACACUUCCACAUUGAACAUACAGGAACUUCAUUCAAAUUUGGAUUUAAUGAAUUCCCUAGCUUGAAGGAAUUAGUCAGACAUUUUGCAAAUCAGCCUUUAAUUGGAAGUGAAACAGGAACCUUAAUUGUAUUGAAGCAUCCCUACCCACGGAAGGUAGAAGAACCUUCCAUUUAUGAGUCCGUCCGAGUUCACACAGUGAUGCAGACGGGAAAGACAGAAAGUGAUCUUGUUCCAAACGCUCCCGCACUUGGUACAAAAGAAGGAUAUUUGAUAAAACAAGGCAAAAUAGUCAAGAAUUGGAAGACAAGGUGGUUUACACUGCAUAGGAAUGAACUGAAGUAUUUCAAAGACCAGACAGCCACAGAACCAAUUCGGGCACUUGACUUAACUGAAUGCUCAGCGGUGCAAUUUGACUAUUCCCAGGAAAGAGUCAAUUGUUUCUGUUUGGUGUUCCCACUACGGACAUACUACCUGUGUGCGAAAACGGGCAUAGAAGCUGAUGAGUGGAUUAAAAUACUGCGAUGGAAGCUGUCACAAAUACGGAAGCAACUGGAGCAGCGUGACGCCAGCCUCAGUUCCUAG